GGUGUUAGAAGGCUCCCACAUUCUUCUCUCUCUCUCUCUCUCUCUCUCUCUCUCUUUCCCCUCUCUCUGUCUCUCUCUCUGUCUCUCUCUCUCAGCUCUGAGCUGGUUCUGUGUUCUCUGUGGGGGUUAAAGACUCAGGAUGAACUUUGAUGACGUGCUGGUCCGGAUCGGGGGGUUCGGACGUUUCCAGAAGAUUCUGUAUGUGUGGAUCUGUCUGCCGCAAAUUUUCCUGGCAUUCCACAUGCUGGUGUCUGUGUUCACCGGAGCCGUGCCGCCUCACCUGUGCCGUGACUCCCACCCUGGCACGCUCUACUUCAACUUCACCCUCAGCCCAAGCGCACAGGAGUCCUGCGGACCCCCCAAGCACAGCAACAGCAGCCUGAGUCCCCAUAGCGCCACCUGCAGGGAUGGCUGGGAGUUCAGCAAGGACAUCUUCCUCAGCACUGUCGCCACGGAGUUCGGUCUAGUGUGUGAGAACGCUGCUCUGAACAACAUCAGUUCCUCUGUCUACAUGUUUGGGCUGCUGGUUGGUGCUGUGCUGUUCGGAGUGUUCGCUGACAGGUUUGGCCGUAGGGUGAUCAUCCUGGUGGCUCUGGCUCUGCAGGCUGUGUUUGGUGUCGGUGCAGCGUUCGCUCCCAACUUCUACAUCUACAUGCUGCUGCGCUUUGUGGUGGGAACCACAAUUUCAGGAGUCAUCAUGAGCGCCUUCGUACUGGGUACGGAGUGGACGGGCCCUCGGCACAGGAUGCUGGCGGGUAUUAUAACGGACUAUUUCUUCGGUGUGGGCUACAUCCUGCUGGCUGGACUGGCGUAUCUGAUCCGGGACUGGCGUCGCCUCCAGCUCGCCAUCUCCGCCCCUGGCUUCAUCUUCAUCUUCUACAUCUGGGUUCUCCCGAGGUCGGCGCGCUGGCUGAUGGCGAACGGCAGGCAGGAGGAGGCGAUGCAGCUGAUCCAUAAAGCUGCACUGAUAAACGGAAAACCUCUCAAAGAAAAUGACCUGGAGCUCCAGCAGAGCUGCAGGCCGGAGCAGAAGCCAGAGCAGAAGCCGGAGCAGAACCCGCAGAGGAAGCACUCGGUGGUGGACCUGCUGAGAACCCCGCAGAUGAGGAAACAAUCGCUCAUCCUCUUCUACGUGUGGUUCGUGAACGUGCUGGUGUACUACGGUCUUUCCCUGAACGUGUCCGAUUUUGGGAUGAACAUCUACCUGACCCAGCUGAUCUUCGGGCUGGUGGAGAUACCGGCGCGAACCAUCACGCUCUUCACCCUCAACCGGUCCCGCAAGUUCUCUCAGCUCUCCUUCCUCGCCGUGGGGGGGCUCGCCUGCCUCCUGACCAUCUUCAUCCCCCCAGAGCUGCCUGUGGUCCGCACUGUCCUCGCCAUGCUGGGGAAGUUCGGGAUCACAGCGUCUCUGUCCAUCGUCUACAUUUACUCAGCGGAAGUUUUCCCCACGGUCAUCAGGCAGAGUGGUAUUGGUAUGAGCUCUAUGUGUGCUCGUGCUGGUGGCGUAAUCGCUCCCAUCAUCUACCUCCUGAGGCGGGUCAGCCUGCACGCUCCCAUGGUGGUGUUUGGUCUGUGUCCACUAGUGGGCGCUGUGCUGACCGCUCUUCUGCCAGAGACUGCCCACAAACCCCUGCCAGACACCAUCGAGGAUGUGGAGGAGACCAGAAGCAAGUGAGAUCUGAACCUCAACACCAUCCUGCAUUUGAAGUCGAUUUAAAGUGCUGCUGGAUUUAAUGUAUUUCGGCUGUGAGGCUGCCUCACUUUUUCAGUGAAGUAAGUCGGACUGCCUUACCUUACUGACACCAAAGUGAGAUAGAAGACACACAAACUUGCCUUAAAGCCUCGGGUUCACUACACGGCUUCUCAAGUCCCAACAGAUGAUGACAGACUGGUUUUGGAGACGUUUUGGGUUGAAAUAAUUAGUAUUCCACUUUAGCUGCUUUGUAGAUUCUUAAUUUACUUCAAAUUACAUUCAACUAAACAUCUGCUAAACUGACCACAGUUCUCUUUAACUCUAAACCUGCUCUAACCUUACCCUGACCUUUACCUCACUGUAGCCUUAGCCCAAACCCAGGUCCAGAUCCUGACCCCAACCCACCACUGUUUACAAUCAGCUGAGCUUCAACAGAUGUGACCAUCUGUGGAGAAUCUAUAGUGACCAUCCCAGCAGAGUGAGACCUCUCUGGAAGUCGGUGUAAACGGACUUUCUACCAAGGGACUCCGGUUCCUUUCUUUUGGUCCAUCCGUCAUGAAACUGACGCUCAGAGUAAAGAACAGCAGGCGUUCAGUCUGUGCGAAAACUCCAGGGUUUUGUUAAGACAGCAGAAACAUGUGAAUCGCAUGGUUUAUUUCUGACAUCACAAAAGCCACGUUCCUCGCUCUCCAGUAUCUCCUUGAUGAAGGUCCUAAGAAAAAGUCUGCGUCAGAUUCUUGACGGGUUCUUGAAGCGCAGAACUGUCCUGUUCUUACCUGAGAACAAACCCCACACAGAGAUCAGUGGAGAGUCAGAGUCUCGUCAGAGUCAGAGCUGCGAAAGUGGGAUUGAGGGGCGGUUGGUGAACGAGGCGGCGCUGCUUGUCCAGAGGAGUGGACGGUGUGUUAAAGUGGGGCUUUAGCAAUGUCUACAAACUACACCAAAGUGAGAGGUUCAUUUUUCUGUGCUAUGGGCCCUUUAAUGCUUGGACACCGCAGUGCUGUAAUGAUGAUGUGGACAACCGCUGCUCCGCCUCGCUGACCGGACUGACGCUGCGCUUUUGAUCCAGACUGACUUCGUUGUACCUGCUCAGCAGCUGCUCUGACUCAGACAGAUGUGGAAGAUGUUCUAUUAAAGAGCCGAGACUCUGGUGUUGGGGCGGCACGGUGGCGUGGUGGCGUGUUGGGUGGCGCUGUCGCCUCACAGUGAGGAGGGCCUGGGUUCGAUACCCCGGGCGGAUGACCGGGGUCCUCUCUGUGUGGAGUCUGCAUGUACUCACCGUGUCUGCGGUGGGUUCCUCUGGGUUCUCCGGUUUCCUCCCACAGUCCAAAGACAUGCAGUCAGGCCGAUUGGACAUGCUAAACU